UGCUCAAAGUUUUGUUUCUGUUUCAAAAGUAUUCAUAUUGAACACAAGGGGGCGCUGCCCACUUUGGUUACCUUCUGCAAGAUUUUUUAUCAUUGCUACAAAUCAACUGUGGUGUAUAUUAACAUAAAAAUAUUAGACAUCCCAUUUUAAAUAAACACAUAACAUGCAAACUUUUUAAUGAAUAUACCAUAACUGUUAUAAUAAGACACUUUAUUUUAAGUAUUAAUUCAAAAUUAGUACACCGAAUUUUGAUCAAAUCUGAUGCAGGAUUAAAGUAGAUAAUGUGUGUGUCGAUUUAAAAAAAAUAAGAUUAAACAGUUUAGUGUUGAACACAUCAGAUCAUUCUGGCUUAAAAAGGAAGAUGGCAAACAAUGACCAAACCUUUCUGCUUAAAACCACAAUCUGUGGUGUGAAUCUUCACAGCUCGACUGAAGAAGUUAAAAAAUAAGUACAGGAAGUAGAAUGACGAAGGUUUAAGAGCUCAAGUUGUCACUGAGGUUCAGGAAGCAGAGAGACGAUGAAGCAGAGAGGAGCCAUGGAGGAUCCUAUGUGGAGGGAAAUGUUUCUGUUUUUCAUCCUGCAGUUUACAGGAGCUCUGAGCAGAGAUCUGUCUCUCUACUACGCUGUCAGAGCUGGAGAUGACGUCACUUUGUCCUGUGAAAAUGUGAUCGAUGGUCACAGUAACUGUGACACAACAACCUGGGUCUACAGUUAUGCAGGUCAAACAACUUUAGAGUUAGUUAAUCUUGGGCAGGUUAAGGAUCCCAGAUCAGACAGACUGAGUGUUUCUGCAAACUGUUCUCUGGUUGUAAAGAAAGUCACAGGUCAGGAUGUUGGUCGAUACUCCUGCAGACAGUUUAAGAAACCAGGAGAACGUCAGUUUGGUUCAGAUGCUGUGGUUCGUCUUUCUCUCGUUCACUUGACAGAACAUGAGGACCAGAACAAGAUAACAUUAAACUGCUCUGUGGUGACAGAUGAACCAUGUAAACACUCAGUGAAGUGGUUGUAUAAUGGUAACUAUAUUGAUAAAGACAACAAAGAAAUAACAGAAUCAUCGUCUUCCUGCUCUGCUGCUGUCGCCUUCCAGACGUCUAAUUACUUUUACCAGUCAAGGUUUAACAGGUUCAAGUGUGAAGUAAAGAUAGAAAAUAAAGUUCAGCUUUUUACCUUCAGCUCUCGUCAAUCAGAGAAAGACAAACCAACAACCACAUCGACAGCUACAACUAAGCCAGACAAAAUACAAACAACUGAGGAAACCACAGUUACAACUAAACUAGAUGGAACAUCAGCCUGUAGAGACGGAGCAGACUGGUGGAGGUUCCUCUCUGGUUCUGUGGGUUUAGCUGCUCUGAUAGCAGCUGUUCUGAUCGUCACCAUUUGGGCCAGAACUAAAGGGAGGAAAACACAUCUGGAUAAAAACACUGUGUGUUAUGAUGAAGAUGAAGCUGCUCUGAACUAUGAAAACAUCAGAACUUCUUCAGUUUGAUCCUCCUGUUUUUCUCAGACUCAGUAGAUCCAGAAGCUAAACAUCAGCAGGUUUAUCUGUUUUAAUGUUAUCUGUUGUAAUAAAAAACUGCUGAAAUGUUAAAAUAACAUCUUAAAAUAAGCAUAAGAAGAGUGUAAUGAGCAGAUUGUUACUUUUCAGAUUAAAUAUCAAUUUUGUUAAUAGGUAAUUCAGAAAAUGAAUUAUUUCCUGGUUUGUGCUGCAGAGCGUCAUGAAUUAAUUAUGUCAUCCUGAUGAGUAAAGCAGUAACUGAACAGUGUGGAGAAUUUUCCUUCUCCAUGCUGAGUUCUUGAUCUCUGAGGUUGAAGAAGAGUCAGUGAGUUGAAUUCAUGAAUUUCAUUUAUUAAUACCAAAAUGCAGCUGGUCCAUUUCUCAUGCUAUCCUUAAGGGCUAGCAGAACAAAAUGGCAUCAAACAAAGUUUUUCUUCCUCUUUGUUAGCCUCUAUCUGAUCUACGCCCUAAAGAGGGCAUUUCCUUGUAUGUCAUUUCCUUUAAAUGUGUCCUUUCUUUGAAAUGACACCUUAUGGUCAUUUAAAGGAAAUGACCCUGGUCUGGAACUAAAAUGUUAGGGCGUUUCCUAACAUGUCAUUUCCUUUAGCUUUAGCUUUGCAACUAGCUAAAAGAGAAACACAGAAUUAUUUAUUCUCAACAAUAGUAUAUUUACUGCCACCUAGAGUCAGAUUUACAUCAUCGCUUUGUAUCAGGUUUGUUAGUUUUGCUCAACAUCAGCAGGUUAAUCUGUCAGUUUAUCAUCCAGUGAUCAGAACAGUUUUCCUUCAGCUCCAUGAGGGAUCGUUAUAGAUCCGUUAUAGAUUUCCACAGAAUGUUGAGUAUAAACAUUUGUCCUUUUAAUCCGCCUUAAAUUAUCAGCAUUUGGUGCAUUAUGUAAUAUGUUAUCCAAAGGUUGUUUUAGAUUUAUUUGCUUUGCCUUUAUUACUCAAAAUGAGGCAUGAUGCUGCCAUUACCAUGCAUAGUUAACCAUAUAUGUUCUGUUUUUAUCUACUUCUUGUUCUGUUUGCACAUUUCUGCUGAAAAAUGUAGAUAAAUAAAACUGUUCCAGAGGUUCAAAACUCACUUUUUUGAUUAUUUUUGGAUUAUUUUUUCUUUAUGUGUGAAGCAGCUGAAAUGACAUUUUGUUAAUAAACUGAUCUGAUUUAA